UUUGGCAAUGCGCAUGCUCCGUUCCACUAGUCUGAACCAUUCUCAAAAAUGUCGAUGUGGCUUUAAUGUGAACUGUUGAUUCCAAGUUUGUAAACAAAUAUCACUGUGGAAAUGUUUGCCAUUUUCUUUAUUUGCAUGUUCAGCCUCGUCUUGGCAAACCAAGAGGAGCGACUACCAAAUAAAUGCGAGGUUUGUAAAUUACUGACGGUGGAGUUGCAGGACGCCUUGGAAAAAACUGGCCGCUCGAAGGAAGUUCUAGAGCUUGGAGAAGUUUUAGACACUGGCAAGCGCAGGCGCAAAAUCAAAUACAACACUUCAGAGACGCGACUCACUGAGGCUAUGGACAACAUCUGUGAAAGAAUUCUGCAGUAUAAAGUCCAUGCUGAGAGACCAGGGAGCCUUCGCUAUGCCAAGGGCACAAGUCAAACCAUGAAUACACUAAAACACCUGGUUGAUAAGGGAGUGAAAGUAGAGCUGGGUAUCCCUUACGAACUGUGGGAUGAACCAUCAGUGGAGGUGGCAGACUUGAAGAGACAGUGUGAGACCAUGUUGGAAGAGUAUGAGGAGGUUGUGGAGAACUGGUACUUUCAUCAUCAAGAUGAGAGACUUGAAAGAUUUUUCUGUGCAACCCAUGUCCUCAGAGACUCGGACCAAGAGUGCCUCAGUGAGGUAUGGAAAGGCGACAUGGGUGUAGAGGGAUCCAAAGAGGAGAGUGAGGGAGAAAAUCGAAGACAGUCCCAUGACGCAGGAGAACUGUGAAAGCAGAGCCAUAAUGGUUGAUGAAUGCAUACGACCUGUAUGAAAUCUUUGCACAAAACUACAGGAACCAAGGAAAUAUCAAAGUAUUUCCCCACAGAUCUACAUGAGCAUGGCUUUGCAUUAACGAACGCUAACUGGCAGUGUUCAAACAUUUCCGAAUCUGUUACUUUUGCCAGACCAUGGGAUUUGAACAGUCCUUGGUGAUUUACCUCCAUGUCCAUUCUGACUUCUUGAAUUUUCUUUUUAAGCAGUGUUUCCAAUAAUGAAGAAAUGUGCCUUUUA